GAUAAGUUGAGCAAGCUAUACUAACACAGCUCAACUUAUCUCGUUCCUUCCACACGCACGUCUAUCCUCAUAUCCGAAAAAACGAACGCUUUCUCCUUCGCCACCAAUCACCGUACAGGCGUGGUACGUUCAGAACAAUGGGAAUUCUGAAUAUCUCUCACUCAAAGAACACAACAUCAACCUCAGCAGUUGUGUUUCCUGAUGCCCGCUCAUGAUGACCACUGAGCCUGCCAGCGUGGAGAGCCUUUGCGUGCUCUUUCAGAGCGACGACUACAUAGUGGUGGACAAGCACUGGGACAUCCGCAUUGACAGCAAGAUGUGGUAUGAAACACACACGCUCCAAGCACAACUUCGACAUCGCUUCCCUCACCUGGCGGACCCCAGCACAUUUUAUGGAUUCAGGUUCUGUCACCAGUUAGAUUUCUCCACCAGUGGCGUCCUCUGUGUUGCCCUCAAUAAAGCUGCUGCUGGCCAGGCAUACCGUCGCUUCAAGGAUCGCACUGUCACCAAGGCCUACGUUGCUCUGAUUCGUGGCUGGGUGGAAAAAGAGACUCAAACUCUGGACUUUUCCAUUGGCAAGAACACCUCAGAGGGCAAAACACAUAUGAUGUGUAUUGAGGGAACAGACGGUUGUGAGAAUGCCAAAACGUGCCAGACUGAGCUGACCGUGUUAGAGUAUGGCCUUUAUGAUGGAGACCCUGUCACCAAGGUCCUGCUACAGCCUCUCACAGGCCGAACCCACCAGUUGAGGGUCCACUGCAGCGCCGUAGGACACCCUAUCGUCGGGGACUUCACCUACAGCUCAGGAGCAGACCACGCCCCGUUCCGCAUGAUGCUGCACGCCCACCUCCUCCACAUCCCCCUGGACCCAGAACCCCUGCUUGUGUGUGCGAGAGACCCCUUUCUCCCAUCCGUGGACCUCAGGUGGCUCCCGCAGCGCACGUUACGGCCCCUGAAGGCCACCGUUGACGCCCUACUGGAGCACAGGCUGGAGGAGCAGAGACGAGCUAAAGAGCAGGAGAGACAGCGAGAAGCGAGACAGAAGGAGAGGAGGAGAAACCACAGCAGGAAACAGGAGAGUGAAGAGCAGAGGAGGCAGUGUGAGGAGUGGCUAAAAGAAAGGGCUGGGGAUUAAUUCAGUAUUAGUCAAGAUGAAUUACUCAUCUUUGUGACCCAAUUGAUGACAAACUGUAUAGAAAAUGGAUGGAUAUUAAGCAUUGAUAUAUUCUAAUAUUAAUGCAUUUUACUCGUCUAUUUGUUAUUUAUUGCUGUGCACGUUAAAUCCAAAAAGUGAACUUUUUCCAGCACAAUGUGAUGUGCAAUGACAUUUCCAGUCCAGAAAAUUUGCCAAAACACGCUGCCGUCCUGUUUUGCCUGUGCUCGUACUUGCCAACCCUCACGAAUUUUCCGGGAGACUCACGAAUUUCAGUGCCUCUCCCGAAAAUCUCCCGGGACAACCAUUCUUCCGAAAAUCUCCCGAUUUCCAGCCGGACAACUCCUUCUUCUUUCUUCUAUGGAGUUUAUUGGCGGUUGGCAAACCAACAAAGGUGCAUUACCGCCACCUACUGGACUGGAGUGUGGGACUGUAAAUUGGGAUUCAAAAUAAAUACAAAUAAUAAUUAACAAAAUAAAUAAUAAGAAAAUAAAAAAUAAAAUAAAGAAAUAAAGAAACAAAACAACUAAAUAGGGAACUUAAAUCCUCUCCAUUAGGCCUGUGUCUAUCAGAUAUGCCAUAAGAUGCUUGAGCAUAGCUUCUGCCUCUGCUCCUAGCAGGUUCCCAACACUUAAUAUCAUCCUGGAUUCCUCUGCCGCUGCUGUUAGCGUCCUCCUUUCCUCCUCAUACCCUCUACAUUCUAACAACACAUGCUGGACACUUUCAUCCUGCCCACAUUGGUCACAUCUGCCAUCAGGGUGUUUUCCUAUCCUGUGUAGUGAACUAUUCAGUCCUGUGUGCCCUAUCCUAAGUCGUGUGAUCACUGCUUCUUCCCUCCGGCUCCUGCCCCUCCUCCUUCCCAACCCAACGUGUUUCUGUAUGUUGUAAAGGUGUCUUCCCGUGUCUUGGAUGUCCCAAUAUUCUUGCCACACUUUACCCACAUGUUUCUUGAUUAUUGAUUUACCUUCUUCCCUACAUAACGGUAUGUCCAUAUCUACAGUGUGUGAUCUGAGUGAUUGUUUGGCCAGAAUAUCCACUCCCUCAUUCCCUUCUAUCCCUACAUGGGCAGGAACCCAGAUGAAGCAAACAGCUAAUCCCCUCUUAUUCAUUCUGUGCAGUUGAUUAUGUAUUUUGAAAAUGAGAUCUUGCCUACAUGACUUCAUGGUUUUGAUGCUUGUAAGUGCUGCCCAACUGUCUGAUGCUAUUAGUGUAUUUUUAUGGUUAUUUCCUUCUAUCCAUUCCAACCCUAAAAUGAUAGCUGCAAGCUCAACUGUGAAUACUGAUAGAUGGUCUGUGGUUCUUUUCUUGAUGUGUAUCUUGUAUUGUGGAAUGAAAACUGCAGCUCCUGUUCUUCCAGUAUCAGGGUCUUUUGACCCAUCAGUAAAAAUCAGCGUUUUGUCUGAGAAAUGUUUUUCCAAAUAGCCUUCGGCUACCCCUCCCGCAGAGGCCUGCCUAUUCCUUUUCUUUAAUUGUUGCUGUAUUUCAAAAUGUAUUGUCGGUUCUAUGAACAACCAGGGAGGAGUACAUGAGUAUGGGACUGUCGGACUGAAUAGAAUAUGACCUAAACCGGCUUGUACUGCCUUUACAUUUCCUAUCCACCCAAAACUCAUAAAAUGUGACUCAUUAUGCUCCCAACAGUCCUCUAGGAUGGCUUUAGCAGGAUGUGAAACACUAUGCCCUUGGAGAUUGACCCAGUACGCUAACAGCAGUUUCAGUCUCCUGAUCCCUAAUGGUUGUUCCCCCAUUUCUACCUGUAUGGCUGCUACUGGAGAGGAUUUAAAUGCCCCACUGCAUAUUCUCAGAAGUGAAGUGAAGUGAAUUAUAUUUAUAUAGCGCUUUUUCUCUAGUGACUCAAAGCGCUUUACAUAGUGAAACCCAAUAUCUAAGUUACAUUUAAACCAGAGUGGGUGGCACUGGGAGCAGGUGGGUAAAGUGUCUUGCCCAAGGACACAACAGCAGUGACUAGGAUGGCGGAAGCGGGGACCCUGUGUCUGCUGCACAUCCAGCUUUUUCAGGUGGCUGUCUGCUGCUGCUAGAUAGCCUAUGCCCCCAUAGUCUAGCGUUGCUCUCAUGAUGGCCUGAUAUAUAUUCAGCAGUGACGCUCUAGUUGCACCCCAGUGUCUUCCUGAAAGGCAUCUUAAGAGAUUGUUGACUCUUUUACAUUUAUCCCUCACUUUGUCAAUAUGCUGCCGCCAAGUCAGCUUUUCAUCCAUCCACAUUCCAAGCAGUCUAACGACACUAACCUGCUCAAUUUUUUGACCAUAUAUUUUCAAGGAAACCUCUUUGUGACGUCUAGAGAAGCAAAUCCCUUGCGUCUUUGCGAUAGAAAACUUAAAACCCCAUUCAUCUGCCCACUGCUCCACCGUCCUAAUUGCUGCCUGCAAUUUCUUCUGAAUAUAUGCAAGAUUCCGCCCCCUUAUCCAUAAUGCCCCGUCAUCCGCAUACAAUGACUUCCCUAUACCUCGCUCCACUUGCUCAAAAAUAUCAUUGAUCAUGACAUUAAACAGGAUUGGACUGCAGACACUUCCCUGUGGUAUUCCAUUCUCAACUUGAUAUAUUUUAGAAUAUUCUGUACCCACUUUCACUUCUAUUGUUCUUCCAACCAUAAAAUCUAACACCCAGUUGUACAGUUUUCCAUUUACACCUAAUUUUUUGAGUUUGAUGAGUAGUCCCUCCUUCCAUAACAUAUCGUAUGCUUUCUCAACAUCAAACAUUACCGCCACCACCAUUUCUCUGUUGGUCUGGGCUUUCCUAAUUUCUGACUCUAAACAUAAGACACUAUCCAUUGUCCCUCUUCCCCUGCGAAAUCCACUUUGAUAGUUUGAGAGAAGGUUUCUACUCUCAAGAAAAUGUGACAGUCUCUCUGUCACCAACCGUUCCAUAGUUUUCCCUAAAUGUGAUGUUAAAGCAAUGGGUCUAUAGCUAGAGGGAUUUGAUGAGUCUUUACCUGGUUUUAAUAUUGGUACUAUAACUGAUUGCUUCCAUGUCGACGGGAGUUUACCUGUGUCCCAUAUGUUAUUAAAUAGCCUUAACACUGCUUCAAGUGCACUAUCCGUCAUAUGAGCUAACAUACUGUAGCAUACACCAUCUUUCCCUGGUGAAGUUUGUCGUGCGUUUAAAACUGCUCUCCUCAGCUCAAAUAGAGUAAACGGUAAGUCCAGGUCUUCUCCUGACAAUAUGCUUCUUCUUUCUGUACCUCCUAUAUUUUGUGCAAGGGUGUUGUCUCUACACUGCUUAGCUUUAACAGAUAAAUUUUCUGAGCUGUGAACCUUCACAAAUGUCUUUGCUAGGAGUUCUGCCUUUUCUACAGUACUUAUUGCUGUUGUAUUAUUGCUAUGCAUCACUGGUAUCUCAAAGUUACUUUUUAUGCCGCUCAUUUUCCUAAUCGUUCCCCACACUUCUGCCAGCUGUGUUUCUCUCCCAAUUUUAUUGCAGUAUUGUCUCCAGUAUGUCCGUUUUGCUGAUCUUAUUGUUUUCCGAACUACUGCCUGUGCUCUUUUGUAUUGUAUCAAUGUGUCUAGCGUGUGGUGAACUUUCAACUGUCUGAAUGCUCUAUUUCUCAUUUUUAUUGCUUUGCUACAAUUGUCCUCCCACCAUGGCACACUCUUUUUCCGCUUGCUUCCUCUACUCUUUGAAAUAGUUUCUUCUGCUGUCUGUAUCAUUGCCGUUACCAAUUUUCCAUUCAUUUCUUCUAUAUUUGUUAUAUUCUCUCCCAGUAGCUCUACACACCUGCCUUCACUUAUUUUUUGGAAUGCACCCCAAUCUGCCUUAUCCAACCUCCACCUUGGUGUCCUUGCUCCCCCCUCUUGAUGUAUUUCUAUUCCAAUCUUGACCAUUAUUGGAUAAUGAUCACUUCCUACUGUUGACUGAUUCAAUACUUCCCAAGUACUAACACCUGCAAUUAUAGUGGAUGUGAGCGUUAGAUCUAUUACACUCUCUGUAUUCUGUGAGCUAUUAUACCUUGUACCUCUUCCAUCAUUGAUACACACCAAACCCAUAUCAUCUAUAAACUCCUCUAUUAUUGACCCAUUUGCAUCUGUAUUAUUGCUCCCCCAUAAUGUGCUGUGCGCAUUAAAGUCCCCUAACCAUAUUACCUUCCCUUGUGUCGGCCCACUUGCAUCAUUCAAUAUAUCAGUACUUAGUCUAUUACAUGGGUUAUAGUAAUUUACUAUUGUAAUGCUACU